ACACCCUCCCCGUGGCCACCGCUACCCCAAAACCCGCGACUGUUAUCACAGCAACUAAAAGAGGGCAACAAGGUCUAUUCAAGUCAGAGCCAUGGAAUCACAAAAAGUAGAGCGAUAGAGCAAAGGGAGACCAGGGAUCUCUCUGAGAGUGCUUGUUUAUCACAGUCAAAAUCAAGGAAAUCAAAUGAGUGUUGCAAUGGGGAUUUCUUGCUUUUCCCACUCUCCCCUCUAUCACUCUCAGUCUCUUUCUUCCUUAUACACUUCUCAGUCUGUUUUCUUUUUUUCUUUCCCGAGAAAUGGAGGCCACAGUAGAAAGAACAGAACACCCCAGGCUUGUAUGCACCGUGUGAACCCAAACGAUGGUGACUUCUUCAAAAGGAGAGUUAUUGCUUUGGUGGGUUUUUCACUUCUUCCAUUUUUUCAAUUGAAAGCUCAAGCUCUUGAAGGUUUGGCAACAGAUUUGUCUAUUUGAAAUGCUACUUGGACUACGUUUGCAUAUGGUAAAGCCUGCUGCUAGCAACCAAUCUACAAGAGAUUUGCACAUUUAAUUGUGACUUUGCAUGGAAAUCAUGACAUCUUCAUUCCAUGGGAACUUGGACUUGAAGAAUCCGAAACAAGGGCAGCAGAGCAGAAACAAAAAGCAGAGCAAACACUUCAAGGAGAUGCUUCACCAAAUCCUCUUCUUUUUCUUCUGAAUGGACUUGGAAUAUUCAGUUCUGGCUUGCUUGGUGCACUAUAUGCAUUUGCUAUGAAGGAAAAGAUUGCUAAUGAGGCGAUAAUAGAAUCAAUGACAAAUAAGCUGAAUGAAAAAGAAGCAACCAUUGUUUCACUGGAGAAGAACUAUGAGUCAAAGCUGCUCAAUGAGAAGGAAGAACGAAACAAGCAACUUAAAAAAGCAAAUGAAGAGCAGCAGUCAUUGUCAAAGCAAUUACGAUUGGCAAACAGUACAAUAACAGGACUAGGACACGAGCUGCUAAGUGAGAGAAGAUUUGUCGAAGAUCUCAAUGUCCAAUUAGGGAAUCUUCAAACCGACCUCAUGAAGGCUGAGGAAGAUAAGAAAGAACUAGAAGAAAAUCUGAAGGAGAAGCUUGACUCGAUUGAAGUUUUGCAAGAAAAGAUGGCAUUGCUCAGUUCAGAGAUCAAGGAUAAAGAAGAUACUCUUUGUAAUCUCAAUUCCAUGCUCGCUGCAAAACAAUCAGAGCUUGAGAAAUUGAAUUCUACCUUCGAGCAGACCAAGGAUGAAUUUGCAGCAGCGAAUUCAGAAAUUGCAAGGUUGAAACUUGAACUUCUGGAAAAUAAAAAAGAACUAGAACUGAAGAAUGCUGUGGUGGAUGAUUUGAAUGCUCAAAUGAGUUCUUUAAUUGUUCAGAAAGAUGAUUCUAACAGGAAAUUCGAUGCUAUUCAGAAAGAAUUUGAUGAUUUGAAGUCAUCUUCUGAAGAGAAAGUAGCUGCAGAUGCCAAGCUCCUGGGAGAAAAAGACUAUGAGAUUCACCAACUUAAAGAAAAGAUAGAUCUUGCUUUAAAUGAAGUUAGCAGAAACAAAGCCAUAGUUGCCAAUUUGACCCAAGAAAGGGAUGAUUUGAGGAAGACUCUGGAUGUAGAAUUGAACAAUGCGAAGAACUUGAAACACGAGCUCCAAAUUACACAGGAAGCUCUUGGAAAAUCAAGAAAUGAGGUUUCUGAUCUGGCAAAACAACUACAGCAGACGAGAAAUCUGUGCUCGGACCUUGAGUCUGAGGGUUCUAAGCUUCAGGCUGAGUUUUCCGAAGCUAGAAAGUCAUUUCAAACGAGCCUUGAUGAGGCAAAACAUAAAUCACACGUGUUAGUUGGCGAACUUGCAUCAGCAAAAGAGCUUCUAAAGAAAACUGAAGCUGAGCUGCAAUUUGUGUCCCAUGAUCUGGCUGUUACCACUGAAAAUCGUGAUAGCCUAAAAAAGGAAUUGGUUGAUGUCUAUAAGAAAGCAGAAAAUGCAGCCAAUGAUUUAAAAGAAGAAAAGAAGGUUGUUGCUUCUUUGAACAAAGAAUUACAAGUGUUGGAGAAACAAAUUUCGAAAGACAGAGAAUCGCGGAAGUCUCUUGAAAUGGAUUUGGAAGAGGCGAUCAAGUCACUUGAUGAGAUGAAUCAAAAUGCACUGUUACUAUCAAGAGAUCUAGAGAUGACUAAAUCUCAGAUUUCUAGCCUUGAAGAUGAGAAAGAUGUGCUUUACAGGUCGCUUGCUGAGCAGAAACAAGUUUCUCAAGAAGCCCGGGAAAACAUGGAAGAUGCACAUAACCUUGUGAUGAGGCUUGGGAAGGAAAGGGAGAGUUUGGAGAAGAGAGCAAAGAAACUGGAAGAGGAAUUGGCGUUGGCAAAGGGCGAGAUAUUGAGAUUAAGGAGUAAAAUAAAUUCAUCAGGAUCUCUCGUAAAUGAUCAGCAUCAGAAAAGCGUUGAAGCCGGUGGCAACGCUGCAAUUUCUGUGAAGAAAACUACUACUAGGAGGAGAAGGGGGGGUCCCCAACAAGAUAAUUCAUAAUUAAUUAUCCAGAUUGCCCUUUAUUUUCUCAACCCAGAAAGCUUUUUAACCACAGCUCUACUGUGUAAAUGUGACAGCAGAGUCAUGGAAGUUGAGGAAGGAAAUUAAGGCCAAGUUUGGCUACAAAGGAAAAAGUGCACUUAUUUCAUCUUUUUAUCUUUUUUGGAUCACAUCAAUCAACAUCUCCUCUCUACUUUUUCUACACAUAAUAUAAAAAAGUCAAAAAGUGCACUUAUUUAAUCUUUCCAAACUAGGCAUGCACUGAGGUUUCAUAAGAUGUAUUUUAACUGGUUGUUAUGAGUGUAUAUUAUCAACUUUGAGGAAUGUACUGCAAAUUUUCAU